AUGGCUGAAGGAGAGAUGGCAGCUGUCAGUCGGGAGUGUCUGCAGGGCCUGGAUUUCCUCCAUUCCAACCGGGUGAUGCACAGGGAUCUGAAGAGCUCCAACAUCCUCCUGGGAAUGGACGGCUCUUUUGGCCUCUGUGCUCAGCUCAGCCCUGAGCAGGACCGGCGCAGCUCCAUGGUGGGCACUGCUCACUGGAUGGCCCCAGAAGUUGUGACCAGAUCUCCUUAUGGCCCCAAGGUGGACAUCUGGGCCUUUGGCAUUGUGACCAUCGAGAUGGUGGAAGGAGAACCUCCUUACUUCAGGGAAACGGGGGCCAUGGCUCGCGCUCUGAUCCGGCAGAACGGGACCCCGCAGCUGCAGGAGCCCCGGCGCCUGUCGGCUCUGCUGCGGGACUUCCUCGAGUGCAGCCUGGAGCCGGACGAGGAGCGGCGCUGGGCUGCCCAGGAGCUGCUGCAGCACCCAUUUUUGUCAUCAGCCAAGCCUCUCUCCAGCCUGACCCCUCUGAUCACUGCAGCGAAGCAACUGAGGGAGCAGCGGAAGAGAUGAAGCAAUUGAGGACAGCCUUUAGUUACAAUAGUUAGGACAACUAGUUAGUUAUGGUAGUUAGCACUGGUAGUUAUUUAUGGUAGUUAGCAUUGCUAGUUGGUUAUGGUAGUUAGGACAGCCUG